AUGCUUCAUUUUCCCACUUAUUUUUCCAUCCUCCUUUUCUCUCUUCUUAAGGCUUGCCGAAAUAUUCUCAAGGAUUGUUUACAAACAACUAAUAACAAUGUCGAUGAAGCAGUUCUACUCGCAUUGAAUCGGAUCACACUGAAUAGUAAUAGUAAUAAUAACAGUGAUAACACAACUGGUAAAGAAUUGAAUACUUCAAAAAGAAAUAAAACUAUAGUCACCGCCUCAAAGUCAUCACCGUCAACAACCACAACAACAACAACAACAGCUGAUAUCGAUGAGAAACUUGAUGAAAAGGCGAAAUCCCUAGUGCUUGAUCGUUAUGACUUCGUAUCAGAAAGUGGUGGUGGUGGUGGUGGUCAGCUGGCAAAACCAAAAUUACCAAGUGUAUGUUUUGUUUAUUGUUUAACUACUGUUUCAUCCUAA